CUUCCCGAUUGGAAUCGGGCGGAGAGACGGGAGAGAGAGGAGAGGAGUCGAACUAGGGUUAGUGAGGUGAAGGGGGGCGAUUUUGCUCAUCGCCCUCCGCCUAGAUCGAAUCCGAAUCCCGCCUCCUCCUCCUCCUCCUCCUCCCCCCGCGCCGAUCUUGCCCCGCUCCCUCGCCGCAGCUGCGGGCUUGCCCUAGCCCGCCGCAUCGCCGACGUACUACGCCCGCUCGGCUCCAGGCUCCAGAUCCGGCCUCCAGGGCGUGCCCGCUGCUGGACGGCGCUCUCCCGCGUCCGUGGCUACCUCCUCCUCCGGGUUUGCGUUGCCGUCGCCGAAGCGAUCCGUUGGUGGAUUGUGUGUAGCUCUGUAACAAAGGAUCUUGGUCCAUAGGAGUGAACCAGAAGGUACAAAACUUCUUGGCUAUUAUGACAUCGGUGGGUCUAGUAGAUUCUUCAUCAGGUUUCCCGGAAACGAGUACUAGUGGAGCCACUGAUCGUCUGACAGAUGAUAUCAGCGAGAUGAGCAUAAGAGAUAAGGAAGUUGAAGCUGUAGUGGUCAGUGGCAAUAGUAUGGACAUAGGUCACACUAUUGUGACAACUGUUGGUGGAAGAAAUGGGCAGCCAAAGCAGACAAUUAGUUACAUCGCAGAGCGUGCUGUUGGGCGUGGUUCAUUUGGAGUUGUCUUCCAGGCUAAGUGUCUAGAAACUGGUGAGAGAGUUGCUGUAAAGAAAGUUCUUCAAGAUGCGAGAUACAAGAACCGGGAGCUGCAAACGAUGCAAGUUCUCGAUCACCCAAAUGUUGCAUGCUUGAAGCAUUACUUUUGCUCGACUACUGCGAAGGAGGAGCUAUACCUCAACUUGGUUCUUGAAUAUGUGCCAGAAACUGUUCAUCGUGUUAUUAGACAUUACAAUAAGAUGAGCCAACGCAUGCCAUUGAUUUAUGUUAAACUUUAUAUGUACCAGAUUUGUAGGGCUUUGGCAUACAUUCAUAACUGUGUGGGAGUAUGCCACAGAGAUAUAAAGCCACAGAAUAUAUUGGUGAAUCCACAUAAUCAUCAGUUGAAAUUGUGUGACUUUGGCAGUGCAAAAGUCCUGGUGAAAGGGGAACCAAAUAUUUCAUAUAUCUGUUCUAGAUACUACAGAGCCCCAGAACUCAUAUUUGGGGCUACAGAGUACACGACAGCUAUUGAUGUGUGGUCUGCUGGCUGUGUUCUUGCUGAACUACUUCUAGGGCAGCCUGUUUUUCCUGGUGACAGUGGCGUCGACCAACUUGUUGAAAUUAUCAAGGUACUGGGUACUCCAACAAGGGAAGAAAUCAAACAUAUGAAUCCGAACUACACUGAGUUUAAGUUCCCCCAAAUCAAAGCUCACCCAUGGCACAAGAUCUUUCAUAAAAGAAUGCCAUCUGAAGCUGUAGAUCUUGUGUCUCGGCUUCUGCAGUACUCACCACACCUCCGGUGCAGUGCAGUAAGUAUUAAUGCAUAUAUCAGGAAAUCUCUUGUAAAUGUUUCUAUGUACUCAUUUUACAUCUUCCUUUUUUUCUCCUCGCACCAGUUGGAGGUGUUAAUUCAUCCAUUCUUCGAUGAACUACGAGAUCCAAAUGCUCGCUUACCAAAUGGCCGUACUCUUCCCCCACUAUUCAAUUUCAAGCCUCGUGAGCUGAAAGGAGCAUCAAUGGAAUUUCUUGUGAAGUUGGUUCCACAGCAUGCUAAGAAGCAAUGUGCCUUCUUAGGAUUAUGAGCAGACAGUUCAUACACUAAUCGGGUAUUACGUUGGUCUACUUGGUUCCGUAGAACAGCAUGGCCUGCAGUAUUAUUGAAUGGGCCCUAAUUUUGUUCUACGUGCACCCUGCUUGGGCAUGCCUUCUACCAUCAUAUUCUGUAAAGCAGAUGAAGACAUGGAGUGAGUGGUUAUUGAUUGGGGCUUGUAUAUUGGUCUGCCCUUGACUUGAGAACUUUAUUCACUCUGCUGUAUCAAGCAAGAAAGAACACGUAUGUAUGCUUGAGCCAUAUUUCAUUCCAGAGCCUCUAUCAGGUUUCACCGACCAUCAGAUUUAAGUCUUCCAGUUUGUAGGGCUAAGCCAAAAAAGUUCUAUGUGUGAAGAGUUGGAGACAUCUGUUUGGUUACAAGCUAUUUGAUUGUAUUUGAUCAUUCUUUUGUAUUAACACUCUGAUAAACUUACAUGAGUUAAUUCUAUUGUUAUGUGAUAUAGUUGUGUGCCACUUUUAAACACCUAAACAACUCUGUUCAAUGUUGAAAUGUUUGGCAUGUAUCAACAUAUCACCUCAUUAUUUCGAGGUUGAUUUUGUACACCUGA